AGUCAACAGUCAAAGCUCACAGAGCUAGAGCUGUCAAUGCUGUCAUUGUCAAGUUCACGUGUUUUUAGUUUAAAUUGUAAACAAAUCUAAGAAUUUGAUUAUAUUUCCCUUCGCGUUUCAAGAAAAUUAUUCCUACAUGACCUAAGGUUAUACCAAAUUGUAGAUAAUGGGUAAACGAAAAUUUGGCGAAAACGAGGAAUCGUCUAAAAAGUUAAAAUCAGUGAAAUCAAAGGAAGAUAAAGAUGAUGGUCAACAUGAAGCUGCGGCAGACCCCCCCGCCGACGCCGCCGCCGCCGGCCCCGGGGCUGACGACUUCGACAUCAAGCAAUUUAGAAAGGAGUUGGCUUCGGAUAAAGGACAUAUCGUUGCACUGACGCAGUUCGUGUCGAGGUGCGCGGCGGCGGGCGCGGAGGCGGGGCGCGAGCUCGUGCUGCGCUACGUGGCGGCGGGCGGCGGUGCGCUGGAGCUGCUGCGCGGGCUGCGGGGCGCGCCGCCCGGGCCGCCCGCGCCGCCCGCCGCGCUGCCCGCCGCGCGCGCGCUGCUGCUGCUGGUGCAGGCCGCCGGCGCCGCGCCGCACCUGCUGCUGCCGGCCGAGGAGGCGCUGCGCCACCUGCACAACGAGCACGGCGCGCUGCUGGCCGCCAUGCUGGGCGAGGCGGCCGGGCCCGCGCUGCGCCGUGCCGCGCUGCAGCUGCUGGCGGCCGCGCUGGCGCUGUCCGCGGAGCUGGCGGCCGACCUGCUGCCGCGCUCGCCGCUCACGCCCGCCGCGCUGCGCCUGCUGGGCGACAAGCCCAACUACAAGGAGCGGGACUGCGUGCGCACGUGCGCGCUGCGGGCCGUGCUGGCGCCGCUGGUGCACGGGCACGCGCCGGCCACGCGCGCGCUGCUGGAGCGUGGGCUGCUGGCGCCGCUGCUGCCCGGCCUGGUGCACGACGAGCCGGCCGAGGUGCUGGCGCUGCUGGAGCUGCUGCGGCGCCACGUGCUGGACGAGCCGCUGCUGUCCAAGAGCCUCAAGCUGCAGGCCUUCCCGCACUCCGCGCUGCAGCAGCUGUUCGCGCUGUUCCGCUGGCGCGGGCCGCCGGGGGCCGACCCCGCCCUGGCGGAUCAGCACCGCGCUGCCAUCAGCGAGCAGCUGGGCGAGCUGCUGCUGCCGCUGCUCACGUGCCACAAGCGCGGGCUGUACUUCCAGGAGGCGCCGGGCGAGGAGGCGCGCAACCCGAGCGUGGCGCGCGCGCUGCUGGGCCUGCGCCGGCCCUGGGAGCAGCCGGCGGCGCGCGCGCUGCUGCUGGCGGCGGCGCGCUGCCGGCCCGCGCUGCUGCGCCCGCUGCUGCAGCUGCUGGAAGGCGCGCUGGCGCCGGGCGCGGCGGCCUUGGAGCCGGCCGCGCAGUUCCUGGAGGAGCUGCUGGGCGUGGUUAACGCGGCGCUGGCGCGGCGGCUGGCGGGCAGCUGGCGGCCGGCGCGGCUGGCGGGCUGGCUGCGCGGCGCGGCGCUGCCCGUGCCGCUGCUGGCGGUGGCGCGCGCGGCGCUGGGCGGCGGGGAGCUGGGCGCGGCGCUGCGCGGGGCGCGGCUGCUGCGGUGCACGCUGGCGGCGGCGGCGGCGGCGGGCGCGGGGCUGGCGGGGCGGCACCGCGAGGCGCUGCGGGCGCGGCUGGAGCAGUUCCUGCCGCGACACGCGCCGGACGCGGGCGCGCUGGCGGCGCUGCUGCGGCGCGCGCUGCGGGCGCCGGCGGACGCGCUGCCGGGGGGGCGGAGCGGCGCGCUGGCGCUGCUGCUGGACGUGCUGCUGCUGCUGGUGGAGCUGCUGCCGGCGCAGCUCGAGGCGCUGGAGGGGGCGCUCGACAUGCAGGAGCUGCUUGAUACUGCGGAGGCGCUGGACGACGGCGGGGAGGGGGAGGGGGAGGGGGGCGACGUGCGGUUGAAGGUGGUGUCGCUGUGGCUGGCGCGGGACGCGGGCGCGGGGGGCGGGCCGCUGCUGCCGCGCCUGCUGCCCGCGCUGCUGGGGGCGCACCGCCGCGCGCCCGCCGCCGCCGCACCCGCGCUGCGCCGCUGCCUGGCGCGCGCCGGCCUGCUGCCCGACGAGGCCGAGCAGCACGCGCUGCUGCACUGCCUACAGGCGACCCGCCCGCCCGCCGCGCCGCUGGCCCGCGCGCUGCUGCAUGCGCUGCAGCAGCCGCCGGGGGGGGGAGGGCGCCGCGGAGGGGGGGCAGGACGUGGAGGCGCUGCUGGCAGGGCUGGCUGGCGACGCGCCCGCGCCCGCGCCGCCGCCGCGCGCCCCGGCCCGCUGCUGCGCGCCUGCCUCGCCUACACCGACGCCCACGAGGAGGACAAGGAGCCGCUGCAGGAGUUCCUGGCGCUGUACGCGGCGGCGCUGCUGCACUGCACGCGGUCCGUGGAGGCGGUGCUGGCGGCGCUGGGCCGCGGGGGGCGGGGGGCGCGGUGCUACGUGGCGGGCUGGGCCAGCGCGCCCGCGCCGCCGCCUGACCCGGCGCUGCUGCCCGUGUGGCGCGCCGUGAUGGAGGACGGCCCCGCGCCGGGUGCGGCGGACGAGGCGGCGGCGGACGAGGUGGCGCUGGCGGUGCGCGCGCAGUACGCGGGCUUCCUGCUGGCGCGGCUGGCGGCGCUGGGGGCGCUGACCGCGGCGCGCGCGGAGCGGCUGGGCGAGCAGCUGGACGCGCUGCUGGCGGCGGCGGGCGCGCUGCCGGGCGGGGGCGGGGCCGCCCUGCGCGCCGUGCUGCGCUGCCCGCAUGUGCUAGCAGUGUACUCGCCACUAGCGGGGGACGCCGCGACCGCCGUGGUGCUGCGCGUACUGCGGGGGCUGCGGGCCGGCGGGGGUGGGGGUGGGGGGGACCUGCUGGAGCCCUACCAGGUGAAGACGUAUGAGGAACUGAGCGCGGCCGCGGCGGGGGUCCUCGCGGGGGACGCGCCGGGGGCGGCACUGGCGGGGGCCGGGCUGCGCGCGGGGGACGAGGCGCGCCUGGUGGAGGCGCUGUGCGGGGCGGGGGCGGCGGGUGGCGCGGGGGCGCUGCGCCUGCUGGCGGCCCUGCUGCAGCAGCACGAGCUGCCGGCGCGCGCGCUGCAGCGGCUGCUGGCGCACUACGGGGCGCUGCUGGUGGCGCCGCCGCCGGCGCUGGGCGAGGUGGAGCUGGCGCUGGCGGGCGCGCUGCAGCGGGCGCCGCAGCACGCGCGCCUCGUGGGCGAGGAGCUGUUCACCGCGCUGCUGGCCGCGCCGCCGCGCCGCGAGGCCGUGCAGCUGGCGGCCGCCGCGCUGCGCCUGCAGCCCGCGCUGGCCCCCGCGCUGCUCGCCGCGCUGCGCCGCCCGGAGCCGCCGCCGCGGGAGACGGCGCUGCCGCUGGCGGAGGCGCUGCUGGCGCACGGCGCGCUGCCGGCGGACGUGGCGGAGCGGCUGUGGGCGGAGCACGGGGCGGCGGCGCUGCGCGCGGUGGAGCGGCCGCACAAGGCGGGGCGGCUGCUGGCCGGCUGCUGGCGGCUGCUGCGCGAGCUGCUGCUGGGCGGCGCGGACGGCGGCGCGCUGCUGGAGCGCACGCACAAGUGGGAGGGGGGGGCGGAGUGGGCGGCGGCGCUGCUGGAGGCGGCGUGGCUGGGCGCGGCGGCGCGCGGGGAGGGCUCGCCCGCGCGCCUGCAGCACUACGUGUGCACGCUGCUGGGGGCGGGGGCCGCGGGGGCGGGGGCGCUGCUGCGCGCGGCGCGGCUGGCGUGCCCCCCGCCCGCCGCCGCCGCCGCCGCCGUGCUCGCCAGCAGCGCCUGGAACCAUUACUGUCGGAACACGCUCAAGCAGGGUCUGUCGCUGGAGUGCGCGGACGAGGCGGGCGCGGCGGCGGCGCUGGGCGUGCUGGCGGCGCUGGCGGCGUGGUACCCGCCCGGGGACGCCGGCGCCGAGGCGCUGUUCCAGCUGGUGACCGAGCACUCGGACCUGGUGCCGCUGCUGCUGGGCGGGGGCGGGGAGCGGCGCGCGCGCGUGCUGGCGCUGCUGCUGGCGCUGGCGGCGCGCUGCCCGGGCGGCCGGCGCGCGCAGCACGUGCCGCUGUGGCUGGCGGCGUACCGCGCCACGCGCGCGCCGGCCGACCGCCUGCUGCUGCAGCUGCUGCGCGUGUACGAGCGCGGCGGCGCGCCCCCCCCGCGCCCGCUGCUGUGGGGCCCGGCGGCGGCGCGCCACUACGCGCUGCGCGGGCGCCGCUCGCUGCUGGCCGCGCCCUCCGCGCUGCAGCAGGUGCAGCUGUUCGACAAGGACACGGUGGAGCGCACGGUGCGGCGCUUCCCGCGCGCCGCCGACCUCACGUACGAGUACUCGCUGCCCGCGCCCGGCGCCGCGCCGCGCGAGCCCGAGGCGCUGCUGCUGGCGCUGCAGGCGGACGGGCUGGCGGGGGCGGGGGGCGCGGGGGGGGACGCGCGCCGCCUGCUGCUGCAGGACAAGUACGCGGAGAGCGCGGACGUGCUGCGGCGCGCGGGGGGCGGCGGCGGGGAGGACGAGGCGCGCGGGGGGGAGGUGUACGACCCGCUGUUCGUGCUGCCGCUGCUGUCGGCGGCGCUGGCGCCGGGGGCCGCGGGGGCCACGGCGCGCCUGCUGCGCUGGGGGCUGGUGUCGCUGUGCGUGCGCGCGCUGGGCGCGGGGGGCGAGGGCGGCGCGGGGGACGCGGGGGCGGCGGGGGAGGUGCGCGCCGCCGCGCUGCACGUGCUGCACCGCUUCUGUCAACAACUCGACACUGACACCCGCCACAAGAAGGACAAGCUGCUGGUGACGGAGUUCAUCGAGCUGCUGCGGCAGACGCUGCAGGCGGCGCCCCCCGCCCCCGCCGCGCCCCCCGCGCCCCCCGCGCUGCCGCCCGUGCUGGCGCUGCACCUGGCGCUGUGCCUGCAGGCGGCCGUGUCGCCCGCGCACGCCGCCUACUCGGUCGCCAACAACUACCUGAUCGCGCGGCGCCGCGCCGACCUGCACACGCUGCCCGACUUCCUGGCGCUGUUCCACUCGGGCGCGGGCGGCGGCGAGGCGGGGGCGGGGGCGGGCGCGCGGCGCUGGGCGCUGGCCACGCUGCAGCACGGCGCUGCGGGCGAGGCGGACGCGGCGCUCGUGUUCCGCUCCAUGGCCGCCAAGAUGAUGAUGGACUGGGCGGGGGCGCGCGCGUGCGACCGCGCCAGCGCCGGCGCCGUGCUGCGCGCGCUGGCCGCGCUGGCCGCCUGCCCGCGCACGGCGCGCACGCUGUUGCACGGCCACGGGCUGCUGGCCUGGCUGCGCGCCCGCGCCCGCGAGCCCGCGCCGCGCGCCGCCGAGCUGCUGCUGCUGCUGCGCGCGCUGCUGCGGGGCGCCCGCCUGGAGGCGCUGCGGGCGGCGCGAGGGGCGGGGCUGCUGGCGGGGGGGGCGCCGCGCGAGGACGUGGCGCUUCAGCGCGCGCUGCUGGCGGCGGCGCUGGCGGCGCGCGCGGCGGCCGAGCCCGCGCAGCUGCUGGCCGUGGCGCGGCUGGCGUGCCCGCGCGCGCUGAAGGCGCUGAGCCGGCGGCAGAUGGCGCAGCUGGUGGCGGCGUGCUCCCCCCCCGCCCCCGCCCCCGCGGCGCGGCUGCUGGCGCGCGCGCUGGCCGCCCCCGCGCUGCUGCGCUCCUCGCUGCUCCGCGACCUCGACCCGCACUGCGCUGAGCUCAAGGCGCUGCUCGAGACAUACCUGCAGUGAACUCGCGACACACGACACUGAUACAAUUGAGUGUGUAUAGAACUGUGCUACUAUUAUCUACGUAUAGAUGUAAGAAUAAAUGUAAUUAUUUGAUACCUACUGUUAGUGAAUACAAAAAUAAACUUAUUUGUUACUUU